AUGUCAAUUAUUAUUUGGUAUAUUAGUAUAUUGGUUGAAUUAACUUGUCUUGAAGGUACAAAACAUGGUAAUCUCAUAUCUUUACAAAUGCUUGAUGUUGUUGUUCGUGUUGAAUCUAUUUUUUCAUUCGCUUGUAAUCAAAUGGUAAUUCUUCUUGAAAAUGCUCAUGUUUUUAUUCAUGGUUCAAAUUCUACAACUGUUGACGAAGUUUUAUAUGCUGCUGCAUGGAUUUGUGGUGAAUUUUGUUCUUAUUUAAAAGAACCACAAAAAAUUCUUGAAUCAAUGCUUAAUACAAAAAUAACUCUAUUUCCUGGACCUAUUCAAUCUGUUUACUAUCAAAAUAUUUUGAAAAUUAUUAUAUAUUUAAUUCAAUCAUCGAAUAAUGAUGAAACAUUAAUUCAACAACUUCUUUCAUUAACGAUUGAUAAAAUGUCUUUAUUUUUAUCAAGUGGUGAUGUCGAAGCACAAGAACGAGUUGGCCAUGCAAGUGUUAUUUUACAUAUUCUUAAAACAACAUUAAAAUUAAUUGAAAAAUCUGAAUUUAAUGUUAAUGAAUUAUCAGCAUUAUUUGAUUGUGUUCUUAAUCAAGUUGCUGCUAAAGCUCAAAGAAAAGUUGUUGUACCAAAUGGUUUGGAUUUGAAUGCUUGGAUAAAUGAUCCUCCAUCGGAUAGUGAAGAUGAAUCAAUAACAACAAGUUCAUAUUAUGAUAAUAAAGAUUUAUUUUAUGGUGAUAAUGGAGAAAAUUAUAAUUCUAAUUUAUAUUCCGGUGUUACAUUAAGUUAUCAAAAAUCAAAAAAAUAUAUUGGACUAACUGCUGAAGAAUUAGAAAAACAACGAGAAUCAAGAAAACAAAGUGAACAAAUGAAUCCAUUCUAUUUGAAAGAUUCGAAAAAACCAAAAGUGACACAAACGGUAUGA